GAUACAUUAAAUCUCCCCACUUUUCCCGAGCCGACAUUAAAGUAUUCAGACUAACUCUUUCACAUAACCUUUCUUUAAAAAUGAUUUAAUUAUAAUUUAUACUUUGGGAUAAAAUAGAAUACAGCGAUAAUUAAAAAUAUCUUUUGUUCAAGACUUAAUAUUAACCUCAAUAACUUCCGCUAUUUUAGAUAAAAUAAAUUUAUAUAUAGAAACUAUUAUAUACAUUUUUACAAUUGAAUUUAAAAGAAAUGGAUGAAGGAAGUUCCAAGAAUGUAUCAUUAAAAUCACACUGUAAAUAUACUGAUCAAAUUUUUUCUUCAGAAAAUGUGAAAGAUGAUAAUGAACAUGAUUGGUGGGCAAGUGACAGUGGAUCUAGUACUGGAUCAUAUUAUUCAGAUACAGAUAGUUCCACAGCGGAAUGGGAAUCGGAAAUUAAUUCUAACGGAGAAUUGAUUUACAUAGAAUCUCUGGUGGAUAAUAUAAAUGAUGAACAAUUUUCUUUUAAUGAAACAAAACUUGAGUCUCAGCCAGAGUUGAUACGACGUCGUAGUACAAGAACUGGAAAACUUAUGCGACUUAUAAGACGUAAAGAAAGUAAACGUUUGAGUACAAGAAAUAAAAAAACUAAUUUCAAUACUACAAACAAUGUUGGAAGUUCAGGAAAGGAAGGGACUGCAAUUAAAGAAGUCACUUUUAGAGAUUUUCAAGCAGGUGAAAUCCGGGAAGUUAUACUAUGGGUUGAUCCAGAUAGACGACACAAAUUAGGAAGAAGAGCCACAUUGUGUGAGGCAUAUUUUGGAAUAAUCCCAGGUGUUUUUUCAGACAAAACGCGUAUUAUGGUUGCUGGAUUUAUACCAGAUGGAGAAGCAAUAAAGAACAAAAAUAUUAAAAUUGGAGAUUGGUUACGAAGUGUAAAUUCAAAUAAUAUUACAUAUCAAAAUUUGGAUCAUGUAUUAUCUGAAAUAACUAUGUCAACAAAUGUAAUAUUAGAAUUACAAAGAGUUGCAGGUGUUGAUGUUACAGCAACAUUGUCUGGAUUAAAUUCUCCUAAACAAUCUGCAUUGGUACAAAGACUGAUGAAUAAAGAGGAAAGUAAAGAUUUAAUGCAGUCAAUAAUAGAUUAUCCACUUGGUGUAUUAUAUUUACAAACUACAGAACUUUCAGAAGUGGGACCAGAUCUACAAGGUGUUCUAUAUGCAUUUCCUAGAUCAGAAAGUAAAAAUAUACAUUCCAUUUUAUGCACAGCAAGAGGAGCUUUUAUAACUCUUAAUCAUCUAUUACCAGGAAUUAGAGGUCUGCAACCUACAAGUACAACAAUACAGGUAGCAGAAGAAGAAAUUCAUGUUGUAUACACACCUCGAAAUGAUGAACUAUUUUUAAUGGCAUUACCUAAAAAAUGUUGUAGUCUUGAAGAAGCUGUUAAUUUAUCAUGUGACAUAGUAAGAACAUUAGAAUUUACAUAUGAAUCGCUGACAAAAUGUUUUACAUCUGAAGAAAAUCGAUCUUCUUUAGAUCAUUUUUUUGUUUUAAUUAUUGAACGGUUGCUAGAUAUAAAAAGUUAUGCAAACAAUGCAGGAUUAAUUAUUUCCUGUAUGGAGAUUCAUAAUAAUAUUGAAGAUAUGGAAAAUUAUAAAUUUGGAAGCACGUUUUCAGUUGCAAAUUUUAUAGAAUUGUCAAGAGAUGCGCAAAUUCAAAUUGAUGCAGCUUUAAGUGAAAUGGAAGCCAUGGAUUAUAGAGAUUGGAAUGAAGAUCCUAUGGAUUGUCAAAGGUUGUAUACAAUUUUAGGUAGUUGUAUUUAUCAUAAAAAUUAUCUUCUUGGAUCUCAUUUAACUCACAGUGAUUUGAUUGAAGUACAGUCUUAUCUUAGGCAAAACUGUAUUUUAAAUUUAAUCAGUAAUGAACCUGUGAAAAGUCUUAUCAUUUGGAAAAAAGUGUAUCCUUCUUCGUGCAAUCGUAAUAAUACAGAAAAUAAUCAAUCACUUGUUCUUGAUGGAAAAUGGUAUUUGCUUGUUGUUGGAUAUGGACAUGAUUUAUUAGUAGUCCUUCUAGAAUCUGGCGGAUCUACUGCAAAAUGUAGUGAAACUAUAGGUCCAGACAUAUUUUAUGUAGAAGAAGCUCAGGAGACUUUGAAACAUAUACAAAAGAUAGGAGUAACAACAUUAGCAGCCAAAUGGAUUGCAUCUAAUACUAGACCAGAAGUAAUAGCUUAUGAAGAUCCUAUGCCUGUAAAAGCGUCAUCUAGUAUCACAGAAAAUCUUCUAGGUCUUAUAAAAUCAGCAGAUGUACAAAAUUUAUCUGUCAAACCACCUUCAAACAGUAACAAAAAAUCUCAAGAAAUACCUUCAAUUUUAAAAAAACGUAAUACAGAAGAAUGUCCUAUGGUUUUAGAAUCAAUAUAUUCUUUGCAUACAUCAGAAGAUUCAUUAAGUCAAGGAACUGGUGGAAUUAGUGAAAUAAGUGAUGAAGCAAUGCCUAUAUUAGGAAGACGAGCAACAAGAGAAAAAAUUGUUAGUAGAUCAAGAUAUUCUGAUGAUAGCGAUUCUGAUCUUGAUAUGUAUAAGAAUGAUUGUCAAAUAUUAAGUGCAGAUAUAUCUAAUAUAAGAGAAAAUUUAUUAAAUCAAGCUGAAUAUUUAAUACCAAAAGUAUUGACAGUGGGUGAUAAGAAUUAUUUAUAUCAUUAUAUACAUUUGGACAUGGUUGAAGGAAUUCUCCUAUCCUCAAACCCACUAGAACAUUUAGGAAAAAAUCCUAAGUUUCUUAUUAACUUUAACAAAUGUGUUCAUAUUAUUCAUAAAUUGUUGCAUAAUACAGUGAGAUUCAAAACUAUGUUAAACUCAGAUAUGGACAAAACUGUAAUUAAUAAGAGUUUAAUUGCUGUUAAAGAACAUGGAGUGUUAUUUGAAUGGGAAAAUUUAAGUUAUUGGGUUGUUGGUCGAUUAUAUACAACUCCUCAUCCAAAGGAAUUGUAUGUAUGUUAUCAGGAUUCUGCACCACAAAAUUUAAUUGAAAUAGCAUUUAAAUUACAUUCAUUGCACACACUAACAUAAUUUUUAGUGUUUGUUUCUAUUUCGUAAAAUUUCUAAAAUUUGAAAACAAAUUACUGUGUAAAAAUCAUAUCA